CCCACGCCUUGGUCUCCGGGGAUGGCUCAGGGGUGGGGUGGCCAGUGAGUGGUCUCCUCCUCCGGCGGGCGCUGCGGCGGCCUCCCGAGAGUGGCGCGGGACUGCCGGGCGGGCGUGGAGCUGUCUGCACGGACUAAGAUUCCAGAUGGCAAAUUCUAUGAAUGGCAGAAAUCCUGGUGGUCGAGGAGGAAACCCCCGUAAAGGUCGAAUUUUGGGGAUUAUUGAUGCUAUUCAGGAUGCAGUUGGCCCCCCAAAGCAAGCUGCAGCUGACCGCAGGACUGUGGAGAAGACUUGGAAACUCAUGGACAAAGUGGUAAGAUUGUGCCAAAAUCCCAAACUUCAGUUGAAAAACAGCCCACCAUAUAUACUUGAUAUUUUACCUGAUACGUAUCAGCACUUGCGACUUAUAUUGAGUAAAUAUGACGACAACCAGAAGCUGGCUCAGCUCAGCGAGAAUGAGUACUUUAAAAUCUACAUCGAUAGUCUCAUGAAGAAGUCAAAGCGAGCCAUCCGGCUCUUUAAAGAAGGCAAGGAGAGGAUGUACGAAGAGCAGUCACAGGACAGACGGAAUCUCACAAAACUGUCCCUUAUCUUCAGUCACAUGCUGGCAGAAAUCAAGGCAAUCUUUCCCAAUGGCCAAUUCCAGGGAGAUAACUUCCGGAUCACCAAAGCAGAUGCUGCUGAAUUCUGGAGGAAGUUUUUUGGAGACAAAACUAUUGUACCAUGGAAAGUCUUCAGACAGUGCCUGCAUGAGGUCCAUCAGAUCAGCUCUGGCCUAGAAGCAAUGGCUCUGAAGUCAACCAUUGACUUAACUUGUAAUGAUUACAUCUCAGUGUUUGAAUUUGAUAUUUUUACCAGGCUAUUUCAGCCCUGGGGCUCUAUUCUACGGAAUUGGAACUUCUUAGCUGUGACACACCCAGGGUACAUGGCAUUUCUCACAUAUGAUGAAGUUAAAGCCCGGCUACAAAAAUACAGCACCAAGCCUGGAAGCUACAUUUUCCGGUUAAGCUGCACUCGGCUGGGACAAUGGGCCAUUGGCUAUGUGACUGGGGAUGGCAAUAUCCUACAGACCAUACCUCACAACAAGCCCCUGUUCCAAGCCCUGAUUGAUGGUAGCAGGGAAGGCUUUUAUCUUUAUCCUGAUGGGCGAAGCUAUAACCCUGAUUUAACCGGAUUAUGUGAACCUACACCUCAUGAUCAUAUAAAAGUUACACAGGAACAAUAUGAACUGUAUUGUGAAAUGGGCUCCACUUUUCAGCUCUGCAAGAUCUGUGCAGAGAAUGACAAAGAUGUCAAGAUUGAGCCUUGCGGGCAUCUGAUGUGCACUUCGUGCCUUACUGCGUGGCAGGAGUCUGAUGGCCAAGGCUGCCCCUUCUGUCGCUGUGAGAUAAAAGGAACUGAGCCCAUCAUCGUGGACCCCUUCGACCCCAGAGACGAGGGCUCCAGGUGCUGCAGCAUCAUCGACCCUUUCAGCAUCCCCAUGCUUGACUUGGAUGAUGACGAUGAUCGAGAGGAGUCUCUGAUGAUGAACAGGCUGGCGAGUGUUCGAAAGUGCACAGACAGGCAGAACUCACCAGUCACAUCGCCAGGAUCCUCACCCCUUGCCCAGAGAAGAAAGCCUCAGCCAGACCCUCUCCAGAUCCCCCACCUCAGCCUGCCACCAGUGCCUCCCCGUUUGGAUCUCAUCCAGAAAGGCAUUGUGCGCUCUCCCUGUGGCAGCCCCACAGGCUCCCCAAAGUCUUCUCCAUGCAUGGUUAGAAAACAAGACAAACCACUCCCAGCACCCCCUCCUCCCUUGAGAGAUCCUCCCCCUCCGCCAGAGAGGCCUCCCCCAAUCCCACCUGACAAUAGACUGAGCAGACACUUCCACCAUGGCGAGAGUGUGCCUUCCAGGGACCAGCAAAUGCCUCUUGAAGCAUGGUGCCCUCGGGAUGCCUUCGGGACUAAUCAGGUGAUGGGAUGUCGCAUCCUAGGGGAUGGCUCUCCAAAGCCUGGCAUCACCGCAAACUCCAAUUUAAAUGGACGGCACAGUAGAAUGGGAUCUGACCAGGUUCUUAUGAGGAAACACAGACGCCACGAUUUGCCUUCAGAAGGAGCCAAGGUCUUUUCCAAUGGACACCUUGCCACUGAAGAAUAUGAUGUUCCUCCUCGGCUUUCCCCUCCUCCUCCAGUCACUACCCUUCUCCCUAGCAUAAAGUGUACUGGUCCAUUAGCAAAUUGCCUCUCUGAGAAACCAAGAGACACAGUAGAAGAAGACGACGAUGAAUACAAGAUUCCUUCAUCCCAUCCUGUUUCCCUGAAUUCACAACCAUCUCAUUGUCAUAAUGUCAAACCUCCUGUUCGGUCUUGUGAUAAUGGUCACUGUAUAUUGAAUGGAACUCAUGGUACGCCUUCAGAGAUGAAGAAAUCAAACAUCCCAGAUUUAGGCAUCUAUUUGAAGGGUGAAGAUGCUUUUGAUGCCCUCCCCCCAUCCCUCCCCCCUCCUCCACCUCCUGCAAGACAUAGUCUCAUCGAACAUUCGAAACCUCCAGGCUCCAGUAGCCGGCCUUCCUCAGGGCAGGACCUUUUCCUUCUUCCUUCAGAUCCCUUUUUUGACCCAACAAGUGGCCAAGUUCCAUUGCCUCCUGCCAGGAGAGCACCGGGAGACAGCGUCAAAGCCAACAGAGCUUCCCAGGACUAUGACCAGCUGCCUUCAUCUUCUGAUGGUUCGCAAGCACCAGCCAGACCCCCCAAACCACGACCCCGAAGGACUGCACCAGAAAUUCAUCACAGAAAGCCCCAUGGGCCCGAGGCGGCGUUGGAAAAUGUCGAUGCAAAAAUUGCAAAACUCAUGGGAGAGGGGUAUGCCUUUGAAGAGGUGAAGAGAGCCUUAGAGAUUGCCCAGAAUAACGUGGAAGUGGCCAGGAGCAUACUUCGAGAAUUUGCCUUCCCUCCUCCCGUCUCCCCACGUCUGAAUCUAUAGCAGCCAGAACUGCAAGCACCAAAGGGUAAAACAGUUAACAAAUAUUCCAGGAGUGUGGAACAGAAGGACUGAGAGAGGAAUGCAGAAGCCACAGUGUCUUUCCGUGGCAUCUCCAGAAGGCAACCUGGAGUCCAGAUUCUCUGGUACCAUAGCCCUCUGAGGAUGCCCACGCUACAGCUUCUGUGUUUGUGCUAGCCAUACUUUGAAAUCAGGGUUGAACUGAUAAAAUAAUUUAAAGACGUUUACUCCCCCUUGAACUUUGAAUCUGUGAAAUGCUUUUCCUUGUUUACACAUUGACAGAAUUGCAGUUUGUCUCUGUUUUUGAUUCCUGUACUGUGUUCCUGACAGGCCCUGUUCAGUCAGUCAGGUCUGCUGUAAGUUUUUCCAUGCCCGCCCUGCUGCCCACAUCGGCGGCUAAACCAUCUCAUUGUGUUGCUGUCUAUCCGGGCCCCACCUCAUGUCCCGAGGUCCAGUUCCAUUUCUCCCAAUCACACGGCACACUAGUCUGAAGGUCCUGAUUGUCCAGUGUUUCAAACUAAUGCAGACAGAAAAAGAAAAACGUGUGUGGUCUUGUCUUCACUACUGAGUCUUUUCUUUGCGAACCAUCACUGUUGAGAGGUGGGGGAAAACCUGAAUGUAUAAAGCAUUUAUUUGUCAAUAAACUGCCUUUUGUAAGGGGUUUUUAUAUACUAUAAAAUAACUUCUCUUGUUAGUUUAAGUUCUGUGACCUUUAGGUUUCUGAACUCUCCCUCUCGUCCACCCAAGGAGUGUCGUGUCGCUGUAAGAGUGGCUGCUGCAGAUGCAGGAGAAACAGGCUUGAUGAGACAGUGCUUGUACUACAGUGCCAUAAUGAGAUCCCCUGAUAUUUAUGCCUGCAUCACUUUUAGGAGAGAUGGAAAAGGGGGCCACCACCCCGAAAUAUGUUAGUAUGCCUUUAGAUAAGGUCAUGGACAUACAAAUUUUUCCCAAGCGGAAUAGAGUCUGUUUUCUAUUUUAUGAUGUCACCCUGGCUCCUCACAGUGUGGGAGCCCCCUAAGGCACUGAUGACUGUUAUGUAUCACUGCUACUGCGGGCCUUGUUACUUGCAAAACUCUUAGUACCCUUUCUCCAGUCAUGUAGGAUCUCUGUUUACUCUGUGGGUUUUGUCACUGACUGCUCUGCGUUGCCCCAUCCAGUAAGAUGAAAUGGUGGUACUACAGAUGCAUACUGACCAUCUGUAAUGUGCUUUGCACUCUUCUUGGCUUUGAAAGCACAAAAACUCUCACACGUGGACUCCACCAUAUUUUUUGUGUAGACGCAUUUGGUGGUAAAUGUCUUCAGUCUGAUGGGUGAUGAAGCUUCAAAGAUUGAUGCGAGGACUUUAGACCGCUGUGGCAAUUUCAGGUUUUUUUGUUUUGUUUUGUUUUGGAUUGGUUGGUUGGUUGGUUGGUUGGGUUUUUUUUGCAUCCCUAAUAGUGGGGGAGAAAAGAAUAAAAACUAUCUCUGUGCAAAAAUGCUUGAACCACAUUUUCAUAGUUUCUAAAGGUGGAUUUAGUUGUAGGUUUCUAUGGAUGUUUCUUACCACUCCUUACUCCACACUCAGUUUCACAUACAGAGAUGCCUCAGAUAAUCACUCAUCCUGACAAAGGACAAGAUAGUACAUCAGACAGAUUUGAUGGAGCUGCCAUUGUACAAGACUCAUGGACAAAGCUAUGUUUAUCCAGGAAGGGGAUCCAGCACAUUCUUUUGCAGUCUGGCUUUCAUGGAAUGAGACAAGAUUUGAGGACUUAGAGUCCUUGCAUAUUUUAGGUUUGUUCGGAUGGUCCUAUGUUGUUUCUGCUACCAGAGGGGUAUUUUUUUUAAUGUUUUUAGAUUCUAUACCUGGGAGGAGGUAUGAAUGCAAGUUGUUUUUAUACUUUUUACAAUUGGCUGUUGUUUUAUUAUCUGCUCUUAAUUUUUUUUUACUUGUUUUAUAAGUUUUGAUACAGUGCUAUGUAUUUGGGGCUUCACGUAAAUUGCCAACAAUCGGCAUAGCCUAAAACCCAGAGUUGGCCCUUCGUUGUCCUAACACUGUUAAAACAUCCUUAAAAGAUGAGUAGGUUUACAACAGGAACACUGGGACCCACAGCACACUGUCCUCCACUCUCAGAUGAUACAAGAGAUUUUCAUCAAGAAUUUAAAAGCAAAAGAUGUGCUGACACAUUUUAUUGGGACCUGAGGUUUAGGGGGCAGAGUGAAGUGUAAAUAAUUUUCUGGAUUGUACCAAGAUCUCUGCUGCAUCCACUCAGUAGCUACUUGCUGGUUUUCUCAUCAAGAAAAGUGAAUCUUAUGAGUCAUACGUAAGACAAAACAAACAGAAAAUGUGAAAUCCUGUGAGGGCAGAAAUUGUUUGAAAAAAUAGUUCAAUUUUUUUUUUUUUUUUUUUUUUUUUUGUUAAGAGGACUACUGGUCAAUACCUUGACAUGUUCCACUUUGUUCCCUCUGACCCAGAUGUGCCUCCCAGUGCUCAAGCCUAGAUAAUAGAGUUACCCUUAUUUAAUAUAAUCUACAGAAUUAAAACAAACCAUGGCUAAUUGUAACUGUUAUGGGAUCAAUCUUCAUUGUAUUCCCAGAAUCCAGGGGGUUUUUGUUUUUUAUUUUUCCUUUCCUUUUAUCCUCCCUACCCCACCACUGACUUCUUGGUAUCUGAUACAUCACAGCCAAUUUUUUUCUGCUCAAAUCCGGCAUUUUGAUGCUUAACAUAUCUUGCUUCCACAAUUACAGUUGUUAGCCCUUUCCCAUGUUCCCCCUGCCCACACUACAACAGAGCCCUAGCUGCAGCCUCCAGGGGUCUGUUGGCUAACUCAGUAUUUCACACACCCAGGACACAUGCAGAGUUCUUCAGAAUGUGAACUUCCUAAUUAUUCAGUUCCAGAAGCAUUUCCUGCAGUUUGAACGUGACUUUGCCUCUUGGAUUUUCAACUUGAAGCUUUAGUUUGCACUGAAUUAUCUCAUCUGGUUUUAAAAUGUCUCAAAUGGACUGAUUUGGAAGCAAAAUGUGGUAUCUUUUAAAUAUUGAUGCAGGUACUUUCUGUAAACCUGAAACGUUAGAGAUUUGAGGAAGACUUUCCGGAAAAAGACAGCAACAGAAAGAAAGUUUUCUUCUCGGUUCCUAUUUUUAUUGUUUAGAAAUGCAGUUUUUAAGACUUGUCUAACAUGGCAAAAUAGCUAUGUAUUCAAUUAAUUUAUAUUUUAUUCAUUCUUUUUCAAUUCUGAUAUGUAACCUCAAGUACUUUAUCUGUUCUUUUAAGGUAUUUUAUAAAAUGAAUGUUAACAAA